AACGCUUAGAGCUUACCAUCUUUCAUGCUGUAGUUUUCUUGUACAUUCUGGACGCUACUAUUCUGAGAUGGAGGGCACAGCUAGCCAGACGAGCGAUUCGUUGAGUGAACUCGAGCAGCCGUCUGCCAAUUCUAACAUUGAGCACAACUUGCAGGGCACAAGUGCCGAGGCAUUUCAAGAUUUCUACGACAACUGCUCGCCGAUUGAAAGAAAAGAAUUGGAGCUUGAAAGCAAAAUUCUUAUUGAAUGCAAGGUGUGUGGAGAGAUAUUUCGCGAUUUUUCGUACUUCGUCUCUCAUAAGCGAACUUUCUGCAGAGACCUACCUGGUGCUGAAGUGCAGGAUAGCAGGAAGCUUACCACGAAAGCAGCUGGUCGUCCUCACAAGAAGCCUUCCAAAGGGGGAAAGAGAUCGAAUGCAGGUCGUCCAUCCAAGGUUGUCUAAAUCAGGCAGUUGCUGCAGUGAACAUCUCCUCUAGCGGCAUUCGAGCGAAAUAUCUCCUUUUCUUUUCUCAGUUUGAAGGUCAU